GAGAUGGGAGAGAAGGGUCACAUGAACCGCAUGCUUUUGGAGUGCAGUCUCAGUGACAAGUUGUGUAUUAUCCAGGAACAGCAGUACGAAGUGGUCAUUGUUCCAGCCCUCCUGGUUGGUGGCUUCCUCAUCCUUCUUGCAAUCAUCUUGUGGCUUUUCAUCAGAGGACAAAGAUCCCAACAGCAGCAUCCUGGACCCCAGGGUGUUGCCCCUGUGCCUCCAUCUAGGAGCCUCAGCCAGGAAGCAGCAGGACAAGGAGAAAGAGUGCUUGUGCCACUCAGGGAGACAACAGUGGAAAGCUUUCUACAUGCUAUCAUGCCUACCCUGGCCACCCUACAGGCACCCAGGGAGCAACUCUCUGAAGUUCUGGAGCACAUGCACAACGGUAGUUGUGGGACCUUCUAUCGAGCCACGAUGAACACCGGGGCUCCUCCUAAGCCCAAGCACGUUGUCCUCAAGGCUCUAGAAGAACCAGCUGGACUCCAGGAGGUCCAGGAUUUUGUAGGGCGAAUCCAAUUCCAUCAGUAUCUUGGGAAACACAAAAACCUGGUACAGCUGGAAGGCUGCUGCACAGAAAGGCUGCCCCUCUACAUGGUGCUGGAGGAUGUCACCCCAGGGGACCUGCUAAGCUUUCUCUGGACCUGUCGCAGGGAUGUAAUGACAGUGGAUGGCCUUCUCUAUGACAUCACAGAAAAGCAAAUAUAUCACAUUGGAAAGCAGGUCCUUUUGGCACUGGAAUUCCUGCAGGAAAAGCAGCUGUUCCAUGGGGAUGUGGCUGCCAGGAAUAUCCUCAUCCAAAGUGACCUGACUGCUAAGCUCUGUGGACUGGGCCUGGCUUAUGAACUCCAUGCCCAAGGGACCAUCUCCCCUGCUCGCAUCAGCACCAUCCCUGUCAAGUGGCUUGCUCCAGAAAGGCUUCUCCAGAGACCUGCGAGCAUCAGAGGAGACGUUUGGUCCUUUGGGAUCCUUCUUUAUGAGAUGGUGACUCUAGGGGCACCACCAUAUCCUGAAGUUCCUCCUACCAGCAUCCUACAGCAUCUUCAGAGAGGGAAAAUCAUGAAGAGACCCAGUAGCUGCACACAUGCCAUGUACAGCAUUAUGAAGUCCUGUUGGCGCUGGAGUGAGGACAGCCGUCCCUUACCGGGAGAGCUGCGCUUGCACCUAGAAGCUGCCUCUAGAGCCUCAAAUGACAAGGCUGUGUUGCAAGUGCCAGAGUUAGUUGUGCCAGAACUGUAUGCAGAUGUGGCUGGCAUCCGUGCAAAGAGUCUUUCCUACAGAUACAGUGUCCUUUGAUGCUCCCCAACCCCAGACAAGAAUCAUUUAUGGGUAAUGAUAUUUGCACGGAACUCGUUCCUCAGCGAACUGAGAGAAUGGACUUCCUAGUGGGUUACCAAGGGAUCGUGACAUUUCCCUAGAAAUCUGCAAUGCUGCUGGAUGAGGCUCUACCUCUGCAACCAUAUACAUCUGAGCUAAGAAUGGCUGUCAGUCUCAUUUUGCUGUCCUAGUCUUGCAGGUCCAGGUCAACGGGGUGAACAGUGUCAUUCCAAAGGACAUGUGAAAAGUCUGCCAUGACUGUUGACUAAGGAAAAGUCCUUCCACUCAGGGCUGGUUCACUACUGAAAAUGUUUUUACCUAAACUAUUAACAUAGUACAAAGAAGUCAGAAUGGCAUGAAUAAAU